AUGAUGAAGAGAAUUGCAGUUUUCAUUUGCCUCCUCGGCAGUACUGCCGCUGCUAUUGACCGCAGCUGCGUUGACAUAAAGUUCGACAGCAGUACCAAUACGCUUUCAGGUCGAUGCCUGCCAUACGAUAAUUCAGGUUACCUUCCUACAGCCUUGGACCUCGACAGAUGUUUUGGAUAUGAUGGCAAGGAGCUUACGCCGGACGGAAAGAACUUUAGCGACAGCUGUAACAACUGUCGCAUGUUCACAGCACCCGAUCCGUGGUGGGGCGGGAAGAUCUAUUGGCUGGGUUGUACUUGUGAUGGCAAGGCUGAGGAAGCAACUGCCCCUAUUGAAGCGGCGGUUGCGCAUGAGUAUGUUCACAACGAGAACGGUGUUCUUGUAUGCUAG